AUGCGUUUUUUGGCUAGUUCAAUUGGCACUUUGGCAGUACUGCCACAGGUGUUUGCGUCAUGGCCUUUGUUUUUUACUCAGUCGGCGAGCCCCUAUCGCAACGACGAGCCUAACGUACAAGUCGAAACCCUCUUCCAAUUCCCCAAUAAUGGCUCUUGGGUGGACAACAUCGUCCUCCGCUCCAACGGGAACCUUCUCUUGACCCGUCUGGAUGUUCCAGAAGUCUGGUCCGUGGAUACGACCAACGGAAAUGCAACUCUGGUUCAUUCGUUUGCCAAUGCCACAAGCUGCUUUGGCAUCAGUGAGAUCGAUGACGACGUCUUCGCUGUCGUGGUAGGCAACUUUUCGACAGAGACGUACCAGCCAACGGCAGGAUCAUUCUCUGUUCAGAAGCUGUCGUUUCAAGACGUCGAAGAUAAUGAGAGCAGCCGAAUGCUGGAUCAUGCCACCGUAUCACAUAUCGCAGCGCUCCCAGAUGCCCAGGCACUUAAUGGAAUGACAACGUUCACGAAGGAAUCGCGGUUAGUACUGGUCGCCGAUAGUCCCAAAGGGGUUGUAUGGAAAGUAAACACCGAGACCGGCGACUACUCGGUCGCGUUGAACGACACGACCAUGAUGCCUGCCGAGGGACAGGCGCUUCCUCUUGGAAUCAACGGCUUGAAGCUGCUUGAUGGCUAUAUCUACUACUCAAGCACUACGCGUAUGGAAUUUUGUCGGGUCAAAGUGAGGGAAGAUGCUACACCUGCUGGUGACUACGAAGUCAUUGCUAGCGGCUUUCUUCCGGAUAACCUCGACGUCGCCUCAGACGGCACUGCAUACAUCGCAACUGACCCGCAAAAUUCAGUUGUUCGCAUUAGUCCAUAUGGCCAGAUAUCCUUGGUUGCGGGUGGUCAGCUUUCAACUCAGAUGCCUGGGCCAACUUCGUGCCGAUUGACCGAAGAUGGAAAAACUCUCUACGUGGGCACAAGUGGUGGCCAAGUAGCUCCGGUGUUGGGAACCUUCAUGGAGCCGGGCAAAGUGGUGAAGAUCUCUUUUGAAUGA